AAGAAUUACUGUAUGCUAUUCGAUCUUUUCAUCUGGAUCACGGCUAAGCUCGCCAUCUUCACUUCCCGCUGAACGUAUCUCUGCCCCCAAACCUCUCUAAGUAAUUUAUUCAAGCUCAUCCAUGGCCAUCCCUUCUGAUAACUCUAAUUCGGAAGUUGUUUAUAGGAGGCAAAACAAAGGGCCCCCUUUCAAGUUCCUAGUCCCUUUAGUCUAUGCCCCUGUUCUCCCUUUAAUUCGACUUUCUUUGAGGAAGAACCCGGUUUUAAGGGACCGGCUGUUUACUAUCGUGUUGGCUGGGGCUUUUGUUCACGGUUCUUAUUUAGUGGCUGAUCUAUAUGAUGCUGAGAGCAAGUGAACAUGCAGAGAGUUUGGCUUGAGGAACUGGUUUUUAUCUCUUUAAUAAUUUUCUUUUAUGGCACAGAACAAGUUGAAUAGUGUAUUCUUCUCAUUCCCUCUAUUGAGGAAUGAUAAUUGUAUCUCGCAGUUAUAAUUCAUUUCGGGAAUUAAUUUCGAUUUUGAAGAGAAAUAAGAUAGGGUGAGCUCUGCUUCUUGU